AUGCUCAAAGUAUUUGCAGACUCGGUAGAAUGCAAGUGGAAAGCUAAAGUGUGCGGCUCGUCCAAGCCUAAUCGACACGGUCACGUGCUUUCUGGCGCCUUGACGCGCGAUGCCUUGGGCUUGGUCUUUCACAUUACCGACGCUUUCUCGCUUUCUGCCUGGAUGAGCAAGUCUGUCCCUCUCAGUGGCCAGCAAGUACCGAUUACGUCUUGGCUAAAGGAGCCCAGGGCCAGUGGGACGGCAUCGCAAGCUGAAUCACGAGCGGCACCCCGGGCCACCCCCGCUCAGGACCACAAACGGAAGCAAGCUCGGGGCCAGGAUGACACCGAAUUCUUGGGAGAUGCCGCUCCUAAAAGGUCUAAGAAAGCGCAUACGGCUAGUAAUACUGCUAUCGACGUGACAUCGAAUGACGUGGUGACACCAUUGCGAGCGGCACCACCGAUCUUGAAGACCUACGCGACACGUUCUAUGAAAAAGGACGCGACCGUCCGUCGCGUUGGUCUACCUACUCCACCGCCUACUACCUCUCGGCACCCUAUUGAUUCUGGACCAUCCAAAGCCGUUUCCGAACGCAACAUGUUGACAACGCCCCAAACUCCCGUACGACCCCGUAAAAGACUGCAGUCCAGCAAACUUGGCAAACUCGCACUGAACGAGAAGCCGGUCGAUGUGGGGGCCCCGGCGCUCGAGGAAGCGCCGUCUUCGCCUCUCACGGAGCUCUCGAACAGCUCGCCGUCGCCGCGAGGUAGGGCCGCGGACCUUGCAGACGAUGCCAGCAAGGUUCGGCCCGAUUAUGAGACCGAGACUCGACUCUUCCGUACCCCGAGCAAGAAGGUGAAGCAAACGCCUACAGUCAGGUCGCCGUCCGUCGUACCUUCGUCGCAGCCCACCGAUGCUCUCUUCUCCCCUGUGGCACGGCAGCGUUUCAUGCCUUCCCGUCCCGCUCCACACCCGAUAUUUGCGCACGACCAUAAUUCCUCUUCGUCCUCCCAAGUGGUGUCUUCAUCUCAAGAUUCGGUCGUGCCAACAUCGCAACCAUGGGAGAGCUCGCAAUGGGGUAAGACUCCACCCCGGACCAAACGCAAUGGGAAAUCCCCCAAGGAUGACUUCAAGAUACCCGCGCUUCCCCUUCGUGACAUUGUGGAUGGUCCAGCCGCGGAUGAGGCAGAUCGCAAGGAUGACGUGAGAGCAAUCGAGGAGACGACCAAGGAGACAGAGGAAAACGCCGAGGAGACACAUACCCCUGCAGAAAGGGAUCCCACCCCGCCUGACUCAGCAAUGUUGUUGGCAUCCCCUCAACAAACUGUCGCUGAGGGCUCUAUACACGUCCCGGGUAUGGGUGUGAUCGGCAUGUCCACGCUCAUGGCGCUGGCAGCCCUCGCCAAGCAGCCCCAGAAGGUAAUGAAAGACAUGGCCACCAGCCCAAUUAAACCAGCAUGGCUUAAGUCCAAAGGGGUCCACGUUGAAGGACAACGCAGCAUACAGUCUCUCGAAGUUGCGUUGCGAAAACGAAGUCCGUCGCCGGUGCCUUCUCCCUCGGGUGAUGUGACGACCUCACCCUUACGUGACCACGAAGCACACGCCGGCAUCGGCUCCCUUUGGCAGCCAGACCUUUGGACCGGCUCGCUCGACGUGGGCGAUUUCAGUAACGAUCACGCAGAUCCAGAGACAGGCACCCCCUCUCGCAAACCCGCAACUCCUACACGCACGCCCAGGACAAUCAGGCGUUGUGACACUUGGCCCGUUUCCAGUUCGGAUGCCUCGCCCUCUGCCGGACGAGGCAAAGCAACCGCUCGGGGUAGCCUGCUCGUGCCCAACAGUUCCCCGAGCCCUUCAGCCUCCUCAAAAGGCAAAGCUGUGCAGAGGCCCAGUAAAGGAGCGGGUAAAGAUGAAGGGUCGGAGACCGAGCCAGAGUCUGACGAGGACGAGCAAGUCGCCAGCCGUCGCGCGAAGAGCCUGGGCUCCUCUCUCCAACCAGCUCGGCUGUCUCCUCGUCACAUCACAACUAUCACUCGCAAUGCAUCGUCUCCUGGCCAGGAUCGCGAAGAGUCACCUCUCCCGGACGCGGAGGAAAUAACGACGACGCAACUGCUAGGCGCGCCUCUCAGCAUCCCUCCCGAUUACGGUAUGACCAUGCGUUCGAGCCAGACCGCGUCGAGCUGUUUCUCCGAUGGACUGGUGCCAUCGGCGGUGCAGGAUUUCUUGGACAUGUUCGACUCGCAGGGCGGAAGCUAUCCCCCAGAUUUCCCCGAAUCUUUGAAAUGA